AUUUGCGAAGUAAGGGCGCAGGGAAUGACACGUAUGCGCAUUUCGCUGACGCAUGCCAUGCGCUGCAGCAUUGCUCUAAAGUUCAUCUUUCUAUGGGCGGCUGCCCUUGUAGUCGCCAAGUUAGGCCCACCAGGGGGUCCACAGAAGCUGCACCAAGAUCCAACGGACAGCUUUAAGGUAAUGGAAAAGUUUCAGCACGUUGUCGCCAUAUCUGACUCGGACAACGACACUGUGUUUGAGUGCCUCGCAGCAAAUCGCACGGAAAUCGAUAUCGAGGCGCAGACAGCAACCUACAUGUUUGACUUUCUUUCAUCUGGACUUCACAUACCCUUCCGCAUAUCACGAGGUGAUACACCCGGAACAGUCAGCUUUACGAUUGGCGCAGAUGCAACGCCGAUGGAAGGAAUGGUGCAUUUCACAGAUUUGGCAAAUUGCGUCGUUGUGAGCGCCGAGUACUACACAAUAGACCAGUGCAUACUUUGGACCCGCAAAGAAGUCAAGGACAAUGUGCCGCAAGACUGCAUCGACCACUUUGUGGACACCUGUGGGGUGGUGGUUCCCAAACACAGUAGGGACCUGUGCCCUGAUGGAGAAGGCGACUACUAGUUUUGUCGAGUCUUAAAUUUAAAAUAUUUCCUGAUUAUCCUUUAAUUGAAGCUAGAAUAUCAACAAGCGACUCUCGAAUGAUGGUGCCACUACAUCUCAUUUCCUGAACUUCAGUUGCACUGAUAAAUUCAAAUGAAACACGCCCCUGCGAGCGAACCUAAAAUUUCGCCAUGAUCAUUUGUCGUUUGCAACAACUUGCAAAUUGUACCGCUAACAUUAUCUUUUCUGAUGUAUGAAUAAUCUGGUGUUUUAAGCUUCGGGGCGCUUUCUGGUAAUCUCUUAAAUAUUGCUUGUCGCGCACGUCUAUAACCCUCGUUAACACCCAGCUUUCGUUGUAGGUCCAUUUUGCACGCUCAGUUUCAACAUUAUCUGCAUUGAGAUGUCAUCUGUCUAACGGAGGACCUAAUGCGCUUAUUAUAUCGUAGCUGUGAAGUACUUCAUAACGGUGACGUUCUUUUGCUCACGCAUAGAGCCUUGUUUGGUAAUAACAUUAGCCAGGGAAGGUUUGUCCGCAAAACACUAGGCAUAUGUGUUACAUGCACGCGCGUAAUUAAACGGAAUCAGAUGCUUUGAGAUGUAAAGGCUACUUUU